GGCCCUUGUCGGGGAGCUUGGACCCCCUUGUUGGGGAGUGGACCACUCGUUGGGGAAUUCCUGGCGCCGCCCCUGGUCCAUCGGGCGACAGCCAAACUGCGGUAGUAUUGUGUAUCGAAGCUUUCACUUUCUUGGCCUAGCGCACACUCGCACUUGGCAGCAUCCAAAGAGAUAAGACAGAAAUGAUUUUGAAAUUGAAUAAAAAUAGAAAAAAUACAAUUUCUUAGAUUUUUAUUUUUGUUGAUCUAAUCCUGGGCAAACAAAUUUUCACAGUUCAGUGAUUCUACAGAUAGCUGUCUCAGGAUUUCCCCGAAAGAGCGAAGUGGGUAUGGUUGGGCGUCGAAUAAAUUGUUUUGAAAUUAGUACCCCUACCCCUGGCGCCACCCCUGUGCUGGCUAUUACAUUUUAUAAUUCAGUGUAUUUUAGUCAGUAGUUCUUCCCAAAAUUCCCAAUUCUAUUUUGAAUUUGUUUACUCCUCAUAUAGGUUGGUAAUUUGCUAAACUGAAUAUUAAAAUAUGGAAGGUGACACAUCAAGAGGUAUUGAUGAUAGUUUGCUAUCAACCACACAUCACCAUCAAUCAAGUCAAGGAAUCUCUGAGGAAGAUUUCGGAGAAAUAUUAUCAUAUAUGUCAGGAUGGUUUGAUCGCCAUGGAUACAUCAAUAUGCUGAAAGUUUUGUACAGAGAUCUGGUAACUGAACUUGAUAAGAUAUAUGCUGCCACCAAUGCCAUGGAAUUGUUUGAAUUACUACGUAUCUCCGGACACCUGAGUCCCGCAGAUCCAACAGUACUAUACGAUACUAUCAGGGUAACUAAGCCGUUUGGCUUGGAACCAGAAAUAAGAAAGUUGACAGAAAAAACAACUUUUGAUAUCAGGACAGUAGUCAUAUCAAAGAUUACACCUAACAGACAAAGUCUGAUCAAGUUUGUAGAAAGCCUCACUGACAAUGAUGUCAAGAAGAUCUCAAAACUUUACUGUUGUGAACAAAACAUCGACAAAUGGGGAUUAAUUGUGGACUUGGAGCAUAGAGGCAAGAUUUUUGGAGAAAACGUGGAUGACUUUAUGAAACAGAUAACAACACAUCUCAUUAUUGAUUCAAAUAGUGAUCCCCUGGGACUGAGGGGGACUGACAAAGAUCAAUUGCUUGUUGCCAGUGCUUUAAAGAAGGCAAUGCAACUUUCUCCAGGAUCUACAGAUAAUGUUUGUAUAGUAAACAAUAUGGUUCAAGGCAAUAAUGAUACUGUAAUAGGAAAUCAAUUUGUUAACUGCAAUAUUAAAGACUCAUCUAUUAUUGUUCAAAAUACAAUUCAGUUACCUGCUACACAAGAUUAUGAUAUUAAAACUCAUGUACUAAGGACUCAACAGCAAUUGUGUCGUGAUGCCACCCGGUUUACACCAGCAAAUUGGAAUACUUUGUACGAAGUAGACAUUGCCCACAUGUUCACCGAUCUGGACCUACUCAAAAAAAAUAAAAAGAAGCAGGAUGUCCAACCAACAACGUUGAAGGAGGUUUUAAAUAUUAUCAAAUCCACACCUGCAUGUAAAGUUCUAAUAGAAGGUGAGGGCGGUAUUGGCAAAUCAACCCUCCUCAGGUACAUAGCUUACAAUUGGUCCACAGAUGAAUCAGAUGAAACUUUUAAAGGUAAAAUAGUCUUUCUUGUCAAUAUAUCUUCUGUUGGCAAAGAUGAAAGUAUUUUGGAUGCUAUUGUAAAAGGAAUAGACCUAGAGACUUGUCAUCUUAAAGAUUCUGUAUUAAUUCAAGAAUUUAUUAUCAAUUCCACAAAUGACAUUGUACUGUUAUUGGAUGGAUUAGAUGAAUUGAAAGAUGGCAGUGAAAGUCCAAUAAGCUAUUUCAAAAAGAGAAAAAUGGGUAGCAGCAAAGUCAUACUAACAUCACGAUCUGGAAAAAUUGAGGAAUUUAUUAAAGCUAGCGACAUACAUGUGAAAGUGAAGGGAUUCAGUAAAGAUAACAUAGAAAAAUACAUUAAAAAACACUUUGAAUUCUUUAAAGAACCUGCAUUAGGAGACUCUCUUAUUAGGGAGUUACAGCCUAGUAGUAUUUUCCUUAUUAAACAUCGAGAAGUAAAUUCAAUGUGUAAGAAUCCAAUGUUGCUUCUCUUAGUAUGUACAAUGUGGGAAGAAUGUCAACAGUUUCCAGACAAUAAAUCAGAUCUAUUCAAAGAGAUUUUUAGAUGUAUCUUAAAUCAGUACAUUGACGACAAACAAGAAACCUACAAAGAAAAAAUAUCUAGAUAUGAAGAUAUUCCAGAGAGUUUUAUAAAUGCUAUGGUUUUGUUAGGGAAGUGUAUGUAUAAAAACCUAAAGAUUAACCAACUCACAAUAAACAAAAGAGCAUUGGAAGGAAAAGAAAUGGUUACCUUGGCUCUAAAACUAGGAUUUGUAUACAAAGAUACACCAAACCUAAAAUCUGAUUUUGAAGAGAUUUUUACAGCUCCUCACAAGUUAAUAGUAGAGUCACUGGUAGGGUAUUACUUAUGCAAACUAUGUCAGGCAACAGGGUUGGAUAGUGAAUGUCGAGCAAAGGACAUGAAAAUGUUACUUCAGCCGUUGGAUGAUAAUGAAUGGAAGAUUAUCAGAGAAAAUAAACACUUAAACAUUGCAAGAGAGUUUGCAAUUGGAUUUCUAGGUGCUGAUGCUGGCAUGUUUUUAAAUCACUGGAUAACAGAUAAUCUCUCAACAUAUCGCUCUCUUAUGGCAUAUUUUGAAUUUGUAAAAAUAGAUCACAGGAGUGCUGUUGAAGAGACAUUAAUAAAUCAUAUGAGUAAGAAUAAUCUAGAAAUAAUGCCACAUAUAGAUGACAUAUGUAAAUCACUAAGAAAAUUUAUCCAGCACAUCAUCCCUGAUGACAUUCAAAAUGAGCAUUUCAUCCACAUUAUGCAAAGAUUGCAUAAUAUAAGAUUAGGGCCUUGCAGUAAAAUUGAUCUGAACACUCACAUUAAUUUUUUUUGUAAAGAAAUGACAUCUGAAGAAAAGGGCAGAAUGAUUGCCCACAUAUUGAUUGCUGUGCCAGAUCAAAAUCAGAUUUUGGAAAAAAUAAGUGAAACAUGUGUUGAUGAUGAUAUUAAAUGCCUAACAGCUGAAUGUCUUCAACUAAAUUUCAAAUAUGAUAUAUCAUAUUUAAAUUUGUCUAACCCAAGUACUGCUUCAUACAUAGUUCAUCUGUUUAGUAACACACCCCAACUUAAAUAUUUUCAAUGCUCCUCAAAUUGUAUUACAGGUGCUAUUAUGAAUGAUAUGAUGAGAGAGUGCUGUAGUAGAGGAGUCAAGUUAGAAUUCAAGGAGAUUGACAUCAGUGAUAGUUAUCUCAGAAACAUUGAUGGUUCUUUAUUUGUAUCAUUAUUGGGAGUUGCUUCUAAUCUUCAAUCUCUAUCAAUGAGUAAUGACAGUUCAUCAUGUAAAGUCACUGGAGAGUCACUCUAUGAUAAUUUUCUUGGGUAUAACCAUGAGCUUCGUUUCGAUAGUAAUUAUCUACAUGACCUUGAAAUCAGUGGUAAUACUCUAAUCAAAAUUAAUGGCAUCUCAUUGGCAGCUUUAUUAAUUACUUCUAAAUUGAAAAGCCUUACAUUGAAUAAUUGCAGUUUGUCAGGUGCUAUUAUGAAUGAUAUGAUGAGAGAGUGUUGUAGUAAAGGAGUCAAGUUAGAAUUAAUGCAGCUUGAUAUCAGUGAUAAUAAUAUCAGCAAUAUUGAUGGCUCUUUAUUUGUAUCAUUAUUGGGAGUUGCUUCUAAUCUUCAAUCUCUAUCAAUGAGUAAUGACAGUUCAUCAUGUAAAGUCACUGGAGAGCCACGACAUGAUCAUUUUCCUGGGUAUAACCAUGAGCUUCAUUUCAAUAGUAAUCUACAUAAACUUAAAAUCAGUGGUAAUACUCUAAUCAAAAUUAAUGGCAUCUCAUUGGCAGCUUUAUUAAUUACUUCUAAAUGGACAAGCCUUACAUUGAAUAAUUGCAGUUUGUCAGGUGCUAUUAUGAAUGAUAUGAUGAGAGAGUGUUGUCGUAAAGGAGUCGAGUUAGAAUUAAAGGAGAUUGAUAUCAGUGAUAAUGAUCUCAGCAACAUUGAUGGUUCAUCAUUAGCAUCUUUUUUGGUUAUUGCUCCUACACUGAGUAAUCUGGAAAUAAGUAAUUGCAGUUUAUCAGGUGUCAUUGUGAAUGAUAUGAUGAGAGAGUGUUGUGGUAAAGGUGUCAAUUUGUCAGGUGCUAUUAUGAAUGAUAUGAUGAGAGAGUGUAAUAGUAAAGGAGUCAAGCUAGAUUUAAAGAAGCUUGAUAUCAGUGAUAAUGAUCUCAGCAAUAUUGAUGGUUCAUCAUUAGCAUCUUUUUUGGUUAUUGCUCCUACACUGAGUAAUCUGGAAAUAAGUAAUUGUAGUUUAUCAGGUGUCAUUGUGAAUGAUAUGAUGAGAGAGUGUUGUAGUAUAGGAGUCAAGUUAGAAUUAAUGCAGCUUGAUAUCAGUGAUAAUGAUCUCAGCAAUAUUGAUGGUUCAUCAUUACCAUCUUUUUUGGUUAUUGCUUCUACACUGAGAAAUCUGGAAAUAAGUAAUUGUAGUUUAUCAGGUGUCAUUGUGAAUGAUAUGAUGAGAGAGUGUUGUAGUAAAGGAGUCAAGUUAGAAUUAAUGCAGCUUGAUAUCAGUGAUAAUGAUUUCAGUAAUAUUGAUGGUUCAUCAUUAGCAUCUUUUUUUGUUAUUGCUCCUACACUGAGUAAUCUCAACAUGAGUAAUUGCAGUUUAUCAGGUGUCAUUGUGAAUGAUAUGAUGAGAGAAUGUUGUGGUAAAGGAAUCAAGUUAGAAUUAUUGCAGCUUAAUAUAAUUGAUAAUGAUCUCAGCAACAUUAAUGGCUCUUUAUUUGUAUCAUUAUUGGGAGUUGCUUCUAAUCUUCAAUCUCUAUCAAUGAGUAAUGACAGUUCAUCAUGUAAAUUCACUAUAGGGCCACGAUAUAAUAGUUACCUCCGUCGUCGGUAUAACCAUGAGCUUCGUUUCAAUAGUAAUUAUCUACAUAAACUUGAAAUCAGUGGUAAUACUCUAAUCAAUAUUAAUGGCAUCUCAUUGGCAGCUUUAUUAAUUACUUCUAAAUUGACAAGCCUUACAUUGAAUAAUUGCAGUUUGUCAGGUGCUAUUAUGAAUGAUAUGAUGAGAGAGUGUUGUUGUAAAGGAGUCAAGUUAGAAUUAAAAGAGAUUGAUAUCAGUGAUAAUGAUCUCAGCAACAUUGAUGGCUCUUUAUUUGUAUCAUUAUUGGGAAUUACUUCUAAUCUUCAAUCUCUAUCAAUGAGUAAUGACAGUUCAUCAUCAUCUUUUUUGGUUAUUGCUCCUACACUGAGUAAUCUCAAAAUGAGUAAUUGCAGUUUAUCAGGUGUCAUUGUGAAUGAUAUGAUGAGAGAGUGUUGUAGCAAAGGAGUCAAGUUAGAAUUAAAGGUGAUUGAUAUCAGUGAAAAUAAUCUCAGUAACAUUGAUGGUUCAUUAUUUGCAUCUUUACUCAUUAUUGCUCCUACACUGAGGAAUCUUAAUAUUAAUAAUUGCUGUCUUCCAGCCUUGACGUCAGUUGUAAUGAAAGUAUGUGAGAGGAUUUUCCUUAGUAAGAUAAAACCAUUUGUAUCUCGAUACCUUGAUCCAUUACAAUUUGCAUAUAGAAGUUCUAGAAACACGGAAGAUGCCAUCAUACUCAAACUUGAAAAAAUAUAUGCCCAUCUUGAAGGUGUUGCAAAAUUUGGUCAUUCU